CUAGCUCUGGCGGAUGAAUUCAUGUUGUGCGUGCCUCGGCUCUUGUCACUCAUUCGCUGUGCUGCUCGGAGCGCAUUCUGUGUCAACGGCUGAGGACCAAUUCAUGAUAUCACAUCAACCUGAAACAGGGACAAAGCAUCGUAGUCAUUUAAAUAAUAACUGAACCAACUCUCUCUACCUAUUCUACACGGAGCAUACCUUUGGAAGCGAUUGCAAUGCUUCAGAUAAGGGAUCUCAUUUGGACAUGGCUUUUCUUUGGAUAUGCAGCUGCCUUGCAAGUGGAAAUCACUCCGGCCCAGGGAGAGAUCAGCGUGGGAGAGUCCAAAUUCUUUUUGUGUGAAGUUGUUGGAGAUGCUAAGGAAAUAGACUGGUUUGCACCCAAUGGGGAGAAGCUCCAGCCAGGCAGACCAGACAUCAGCGUCAGCAAGAAUGAUGAGUCCUCGUCAACACUCACAAUCUACAAUGCCAACAUCGACCAUGCAGGCAUGUACAAGUGUGUGGCGAAAAGCGGGGACAAGGAAUCUCAGGGCACUGUCAACCUAAAAAUAUUCCAGAAACUCACUUUCCAAAAUGCUCCAUCGCCUCAAGAGUUCAACGAGGGGGAUGACGCUGACAUCAUCUGUGACGUCAUCAGCUCGCCGCCCCCAACAAUCAUCUGGAAGUUUAAAAAGACCAGAAUCCAGCCUGAGACUGAUGUCCGUUUCAAGGUCUUAAGCAACAACCACCUCCAGAUCCGUGGCAUCAAAAAAACCGAUGAGGGUGACUACACCUGCGAGGGCCGCAUCAUGGCCCGGGGAGAAAUCGACCUCAGGGUCAUCAAGGUCAUUGUCAAUGUUCUGCCAAGUAUCAGGACCCGCUACACUGAGCUUAAUGCCACUGCAGACAUCAACCAGGCCGUGACAUUGGCCUGUUACACAGAUGGCUACCCAGAACCCACCGUCACGUGGGCACGAGCUAAUAUCGUGCUGGAAUCAGAUGGAAAGUAUAGUCUGAAUGAAGAUGGGUCGGAGUUGACCAUCAAAGAUGUCACGAAGCUUGAUGAAGGAGAUUACCAGUGCAUCGCCAGAAAUAAGGCCGGAGAGAGGAGCGAGGAAGUCUCACUCAAUGUGUUUGUACAACCCAAGAUCACGUUCCUAGAAAACCAGACAACGUCUGAAUUGGAGGAGCAGAUCACACUAACUUGUGAGGCCACGGGUGACCCCACCCCCAACAUCAUCUGGAGCUUCGGUCGCCGGGUCUUCACCGAGAAUGAGCAGGCUUCAUGGACUCGACCUGAGAAACACAAGAGUCUGGAUGGUAACGUGAUCGUCCGCAGUGAUGCCCGUGUGUCCUCUCUGACUCUAAAAUACGUGCAGUUCACCGAUGCCGGCCAGUACCUCUGCACUGCCCGCAACUCCAUUGGUCAGGACAUCCAGAGCAUGUACCUGGAAGUGCGCUAUGCUCCAAAGAUCCAAGGCCCUGCGGCGGUGUUCACCUGGGAGGGUAAUCCGGCUAACAUCACCUGCGAGGCCCUCGCUCACCCGGGCGCCUCCGUUUCGUGGUUCCGUGACGGCCAGCUGUUGCCUAGCGCUAAUACCACCAACGUCAAGAUCUACAACACUCCUGCUGCCAGCUUCCUGGAGGUCACCCCGGAGUCCCAGAAUGACUUUGGCAGUUACAACUGUACGGCUACCAAUGUCAUCGGCACAGAGUCAAAGGAAUUCAUUUUGGUUCAAGCAGAUGUGCCUUCGGCCCCCUCUAUCGAGCGUGUGGAGCCGUAUUCCAGCACAGCAGUGGUGGAGUUUGAUGAGCCUGCCUCCAGUGGAGGAGUGCCUAUUCUCAAGUACAAGGCUGAAUGGAGGAUAGCAGGCCAAGACUGGACUGACAGAGAGUAUGAAGUUGAGGAUGGUCUCAACUUGAUCACCAUUGUUGGGCUGAAGCCAGAGACCACGUAUGAGGUCAAGAUAUCAGCCAUCAACGGCAAGGGUGAAGGAGAAAGCAGCCCCCCUGAGAGCUUUAAAACCCAACCUGUUCGCUCCCCUUUCAAAAUGUCUUCAGAGACUCCAACUUCCAUUCCUCCAACCACUGCCGACCUUAAAGGGGAACCUAAUCCUCCUAAACUGGAGGCUAAGCCACUGUCCACAGGCAACGAGAUGAAGGUCCACUGGAUCAAGCAGGACGAUGGGGGCUCUCCCAUCAAACACUAUCUAGUGCGCUACAGAGCUAAGAAUCGCCAGGACUGGAAGCCGGAGAUCCGCCUGCCCAACGGCAGCGAGUACGUUGUUCUGCGAGGUCUGGACUGGAACACGGAGUACGAGGUCAAUAUCAUUGCCGAAAACCAGCGAGGACGAUCUGAACCUGGCAAACUCUCUUUCAGGACCUUGCCAGAACCCACCGCCAUCCCAGAAACCAGCUCAGGUUUGAGCACCGGGGCUAUCGUGGGCAUCCUCAUUGUGGUUUUCAUCCUGCUCCUCUUCGGCGUGGAUGUCACAUGCUACUUCCUCAACAAGUGUGGGCUUCUCAUGUGCAUCGCCGUCAACUUCUGCGGCAAGUCUGGGCCCUCUGCCAAAGGGAAGGAUAUCGAGGAGGGAAAAGCCGCUUUCACGAAGGAUGAAUCUAAGGAGCCCAUUGUGGAGGUAAGGACUGAGGAGGAACACACACCAAACCAUGAAGGAGGAGGACCCACCGAACCCAAUGAGACCACCCCUCUGACCGACCCUGAGCACGCUGCUGACACCACAGCAACAGUAGUGGACUUGCUUCCCUCUGUAACCACUAACUCAGACCCCGGCACUGACAGUCCUGCUAGCGAUAGCACCACCCUUACCUCAAGCACCGCCCCUGUGGCUGACCCUAAAACGGCCCCAAAAGUUACCCCCCAAUCCAGCACCCCCAAACCUAGCGUCACCUCUCCCACCUCCCCACAAGCUGCUCCUACAGCCGUGGCCCCUCUGGUGGACCUGAGCGAUACGCCCCACAACCAGACCUCAAAGUCCUUAGAUGCCCCCCAGCCGUCUGAUUCAACCCCUGCAGAUCUGGCCAAAGCCGAUGGCCAAAGCCCGGCUGAGCCGGCCAAUGCCCCCCAAAGUAAGGACUCUCAGGUACAGGGAGGAGCUCACCAGACCACAGAUAGUGACCUUGCCAAGGAUGUGCUGGCCAAGCCCUCCAGUGACUCCUCCAGCACACCGUCCGCACCCAACCAGGACGAUGGUAAAAUCGUUGUAGAUGACAAAAGUAAAGCGCCGGAGACGGAGGUAAACAACACCCCGGCGGAGGUGAAGACAGUCCCUAAUGAAGCCCCCCAGACGAACGGCAACGAGAGCAAAGCAUGAUCCGGAAUCGGCGAGCGCAGACAGACAGCACCACACCACCACCAUCACAUCUCAAACACAAGGGUCUCUUUCUUCAGUGUCUUUGAGUUUGCAGAACAAAACACGUCUGUAGAUGUAUAGAGCGCCUAAAGAGCUCGCACACAUGCCUUUUAUUUUGUACUUUUCGAUCGUUUUUGCUAUUGAAAUGUUUCAUUUCUUUCAUCAACACACGAAGGAAAGAUUCUUUACCUCUAGCGCAGUCUCCUUGACCUCUGUAAGAUCAGUGUCUUUCAAAUACACUCGAUGUCUUUCGAGGAAGUUCAGUAUGAGAAAUACAGUAGAUUUUGCCUUCACACAUUCAGCCCACAGUGCCGUUUCAAUUAUGUCCCGUUUUAUUACAUGCAGUAUUGCCAUUAUUAUUGUCUGCCACGUAUGAAUUUUUGGGGAACAUUUUUGAUGUUUUGUGUUUAAAUAAUGUACAAAAGCAACUGCCUUUUUAUUUUAUUUCUCACAUAAUUUUUUGGGAGUUAGCAAUAGAUUUUUAGCAUGCUUGCUUUGCAGAAUUAUUUUUAUGUGUCUAAUUUUUUGUUUGUUUUAUCCCAGCCCUAAGUGUUUACAGCAUUUUACAAUGAUAUCCCUCAUUAACACGCCGUUUGCUUCUCUUGCAAACCUGACACAAACGCUCACGCAGGGUAUAGGUCUGAACUAGCGGUUAGGGUUAUACUAUACAAAACACCACUACUACUUGUUUUUCCCAUUUUAUAUUUUCUUUUCUAUUACAACACAUCCCAUUUCCCUUGGACCUUAUGAGUUUCUUCUUUACUUCAGUUCUUUAACCGAAGAUUGAGAGUCAAAGAGGUCUCCCGCAGUGAUCCUCGCUUAAAAACCUCCCGCAAAUCCUUUAAAAAAAACAACCUGGAGCUCUUAUGGAUCGGACGGCUCGUUGAGAGAAUACAGUUCAAGCGUCGCUGUUGCACUCAUGGCCUAACGAAAACAUCAGGUGCACACGUGUGCGUAACGCUCAUGGGACGUCCCAUAUGAUGUCUGCCUGUUGCUCCAUUGCCCAUAUAAUUGAUAGAUGUUGCAUUAAAAUGAAGCCCUGCCCCUUUGAUACUGAUAAAAAUGCAAAUGUUUGUCAGUUUUUCAUGUCUUCAAUGGGCAAAUUAUUGUUUUACUAAUUAUUUAAGCCAUAGUACACCGGUGUGGAUCGUAGCAUAAAGAAUAUUCAGCCUGACUUUUUUUUGUACAGUGUUUCUCAUUCUUUAGGCUGCAAGCUUGUGCACUGUGAAUGCGUGAAAACCCUAGUGUGAAUACAGUGUGUUCUUUGUACUAGAAUUACAAAAGAGUUUCCAUAGGUUGUGAAAGCCGUAGCUGUUAGUUUAAACAAUGUUCAUCACGAUAAGAAAAAAAAACAAUGA